CGUCAAUGCGCCAUGCGCCAUGCGUCUUUCGUGCAACAUGGCGACCGGCAAAGGACUGAUUGUGAUUUUCCUUCCGAGAACUAUCAAUUUUAUUGGCAACAAUAAACUAAAAAAAUUCUCAUGCAACGUUCUACAGCAGGGCAACACGUGUCGGCGACACCUGAUGACCGUUGCGUCGACUGUCGGCUGUCUGAAUCGCGACAAAGCAGAAAAAAAUACUUUAGGAAGGAUAGUGCAAUCACAUAGAGCCAUACAUUUAACAAAUAGAUUGUUAAAACGCAAUUAUUACGAGAUUCUGGGUGUUUCCAAGAAUGCCUCAGCCAAAGACAUAAAAAAGGCAUAUUAUCAAUUAGCUAAAAAAUACCAUCCUGAUACAAAUAAAGGAGAUCCGGAUGCUAGUAAAAAGUUUCAGGAAGUUUCCGAAGCUUAUGAAGUAUUAAGCGAUGAUACUAAGAGGAAGGAAUUUGAUACAUGGGGUGCAACUUCUGAACAAAUGGGGAUGGGAAUGGGUAAUCAGGGAUCCAAAAAUUACAAUCAACACUGGCAAUAUAGAUCAUCUGUUAACGCGGAGGAAUUGUUUAGAAAAAUAUUUGGCGAUGCUGGAUUUCAAAGCGGAGCCUUUAAUGACUUUGAAGAUUUUGCAGAGACAACAUACGGUUUCGGAGCAGCUCAAGAAGUAAUAAUGAAUUUAACAUUUUCCCAAGCUGCCAGAGGUGUGAAUAAAGAUAUCGAGGUAAAUGUAAUAGACGUUUGUCCGAAAUGUCGUGGCUCACGUUGCGAGCUCGGGACGAAACCGGCAAAAUGUCACUACUGCAACGGUACAGGAAUGGAAACAAUAAGCACUGGCCCUUUCGUAAUGAGCUCGACCUGUCGAUAUUGUCAAGGCACAAGAAUACACAUCAAAUUUCCUUGCACAGAGUGUCAAGCGAAAGGACAAACGGUACAACGUAAAAGAGUGACAGUACCGGUUCCCGCCGGAGUGGAAGAUGGUCAAACGAUUCGUAUGCCGAUCGGUAACAAGGAGAUAUUCGUGACAUUCCGUGUAGAAAAGUCCCGAUAUUUUCGCCGCGAUGGCCCCGACGUGCACACCGAAGCAGGAAUCUCGCUGGCACAAGCGGUGCUGGGCGGUACGAUACGAGUGGAAGGCGUAUAUGAGGAUCAGACUAUCCAAAUAACGCCAGGCACAUCGUCCCACACACGGAUCCGUUUGAGUGGCAAAGGGUUAAAGAAGGUCAAUGGAGUUGGUUACGGCGAUCAUUACGUGACCAUUAAAGUCAUAGUGCCUAAAAAAUUGACCGAUAAGCAGCGAGCGUUGUUACAAGCGUACGCCGAGCUUGAGACCGAUACCCCCGGCAAUAUAUAUGGUGUAACAUAUAAAACAGACGGUACAAAAGAAAGUUACUCAGGUCCGCUACACUUGGUGGAGUCUAUACGAAUAGCAUUAGGAAAUUCGUCUAAUCACGAAAAACAAUCUUUGUCAUCUGAGCCCGAACAUCCGGGAGAUAAACACUACAAUAGACCUGUGCAUACCAAAGCCACAUCGGAUGCUGGCAGCAAAAAUAACACUAAUGCUGCUGAAAUGCAACGGCAGAAAAUGCCUUAGAUAUAAUUAUGUAACAUCUAAAGCAAUCUAUAGAAAUCUAGAGAAUGCUGUAUUGCUAAUAAAUACAAAAAUAUUGCAUACGUGCUAUUGGAUAUAUUUGGAUAUAUUAAUAUUAUAUAUA